GACUGCCUCGGGCCGUGUGCCUCGGCACGUCCUCCGCGGCGGGACUCAGGCGUCCGCCGCGGACGUCGAGCGGGCCGAGGACGCCGCCUGUCGCGCGGGACUGCGGAAUCCGGGAAACGUGUGGCGCGCGUGGCCUGGCCUUUGGUCCACGAUGGCCCCGGUCGCGGACUUGAUUGCUGCGCGCCGCGGGCAGGAGCCCCGGCUCCAGGGACUCGCGGGCGCGUGCGGGGUCGCGCCAGCGCGCCCGCCGCCCCCCGAGGAGUGCCUGCUCCCGCUGCGCCGCGCGCUCGCUGGGCUCCUGGGCAUCAGCGCCGCGGCGGCGGAGCAGCGUCACGGCGCCUCGACGUGGCGCUCGGAGCUCGUCCGCGCCGUGCAGCGGCAGUCCGAGGACCCUGGCGAAGCUGUGGCAGAUUGGCUGCUGGAGGGCGCACCGAUGGGAAUCAGACGGGAGGUCCCGCCCGGCGGGCUUUUCCCCGCGGCCGUCUCCGAGGCGUCGCUGGACCCGGCGGAGCUCCUCGAGCGCGCGGUGGACCUCGGUAACCACCCAUCGUUCUACGAGCAGCACGGGCAGGUUCGGCCACCGGGCGUGGAGCAGGUGCAAAGCCUGGUCGACCAGGGCUUCGGGAUCCUUUUCGAGGACUGCGCGGCGGCAGAGUCAUACUUUUCCGCCCCCGUGUUCCCCGCGCUCCUCGGCAAUAUCUCCCGCGAGAAGCCCGACGGCGCGACCAAGCGCCGCGUCCAGCCCACCAUCGUCGACCACGCCCUGGACGUUGCGCUGCUCUCCGCCCGGGCGCAGGGGGGCGACGUGGCCUGGGCGCUCGUGCUUGACUUCGCGGACGCCUUCAUGUCGGUCCCACUGCACCUGGACGAGCAGCCGUUCAAUUGCGCCCACGUCGGCCGCAGGCUCCGGAGGAGCAGGCCAGCGAUCUACCUACAGGAAGCUCUCGAGGGGGGAUUCGUAGUCUGGCGGGUGCUGGGUUUCGGUGGCAAGCCCAAUCCCGUCGUUUUCGGGCGCGUGGCGUCCUUCGCCGCCCGCGCCGCGCAGGCCCUGCUCCGGCCGUUCGCGCGGUCCGAGGCGGGCAACGCUGCCGCGGCCCCCUGCCGCCUGCAGCUCUACGUGGACGAUCCAGUUUUCACUGUGACAGGCGAACUGGCGGCGGCGCAGCUGGCGAUCGACCUCGUGCUCACGUGCGCGCCGGGCGAGGUGCACGUCUUCCUGCCCCCAGGGUUCCUGGCGGACCUCUUCGAGCUCCUCGAGCCCUUCGCCGCUGGCACCGGCCACGCAUCGCUGGCGGCGGCCCGCCGCGUCGUCGGGAAGUGCGCGCGGGUGGCGUGCGUGGUGCCCGACGCGGCGCCAUUUGCGGCCGCCCUGUGGGGCGCCCUCGGCGGGGCCGCAGCGGCGGGCCGCGAGGCGCCGCCAGGCCGUGUCGGCUGCCGCAGGUUCGGCGGUGCCGCGAUGUGGAUGCGGGCGCUCGUUGACCCCGCGGGCCUCGGCCUGCUCCCCCUCCGGCGCUUCGAUGCGUCGCCGUGGGGCGGCGGCGCGGCGCUCUACCGGCGCGGCACCCCGGUGGAGUACUUUGCCGUCGAGUGGACGCCCGACAUCUGCGACCUCUUUGACAUCGGCACGGGCGACCCCAGGCACCAGUCGUUCUGGGAGUACCUCACGGUGCUGCUGGUGCUAUGCGUGUGGGGCGACUCGCUCCGCGCCGAGGUCCUCGCCAUCGCGGGCGACAGCGUCGCGGCCUUGGGGGGGGCCCUCAACCUCCGCGGGAAGGGCUUGCUCAACCGCGUCACCCGCGAGAUCGCCUGGCGGCGGGCUCGGCGUCGGUGGGAGCACGUCGUCUCGCACCUGCCGGCGGAGCACAACGUGUCCGCCGACGCGCUCUCCCGGCUGUCCGCGCCAGACCGCGCCGAGCUCCCAGCGGAGCUCGUCGAGGCGGAGCGGGUCGGCACGCCCGGCGUCCCCGAGCUCUUC